AUGGUAAGAAUAUUUCUAAAGCCUUUCUGCUAAAUUUAUUAUUAUUAUUAUUAUUAUUAUUAUUAUUAUUAUUAUUAUUAUUAUUAAAAAAUUGUCUCUCUCACUUUGACUCUUGAACUAUAUAGCACAUGGCUUUUUAAAGUGCUUUCUCCUCAAAUGAAUGCUCUCACAAUUGAUGGUUUUUAUACCGGCUGUGUAUUUUAGCCCCAACUCUUUUUGUUAUUUAACUUGCAUGAACCAAACUGAUCAUACCUCACUGACUAGCUGCAAGUCUGCCUGUAGGGCACAAAAAUGAUUUCACAAAGUGAGGGAUGGGGAGCUUCUGGCCCUCUGGAUGUUGUUGGACUCUGACUCCCAUCAGCCCCAGCUAGUGGGGUCAUGGGAGUUGGAGUCUAGCAUCUUCUGGGGACCCACAGAUUCCCUAUCCCUGCAUUAAGUAGUUGAACCAUUUUGGCUGGCAGUGUACUGCACAAAUCCUCAUUAGAAGCGAGUUAGAAUGGUUUCUAAGCAUCCAAAUUAAUUCUCCAUAAUCGGUUAGAAGUAUAUUGCAGGCUGGGCAGCAGAAGGGAGCACUGGUUUGACAUUCUGAUGUUCUGUUUUGUUUGAAUGUCAUAGUUAUGAAUGCUAUAAGGAAGUGGAUCUUUAUUUAAUCUCUUUUGACUCCUAUCUCCUAUAAAUGCAUGUCUUAAAUGUUGGGCGUGGUAAAUACCACAGUACUUAAAGGUAAAGGGACCCCUGACCAUUAGGUCCAAUUGUGACCGACUCUGGGGUUGUGGCGCUCAUCUCGCUUUACUGGCCAAGGGAGCCAGCGUACAGCUUCCGGGUCAUGUGGCCAGCAUGACUAAGCUGCUUCUGGCGAACCAGAGCAGCACACGGAAACACCAUUCACCUUCCCGCUGGAGCGGUCCCUAUUUAUCUACUUGCACUUUGACGUGCUUUCGAACUGCUAGGUUGGCAGGAGACCACAGUACUUACAAAGGGAUUAAAGUUGUGGAGGUUAAGGUAGAUAUUGAAAUAAAUGCCAGUAAUGGCUAUGUGAAGACAGGAGUGCCUGGCGUGCUCUGGUCCAUGGGGUCAUGAAGAGUCGGACACGACUAAACGACUAAACAAACAAGCAAUGGUUAUGUAACUAAAUGUCUGCUAAAAGUGCAAAGGUUAAGUUUCACAUUGCCAUGAUUUUAAACCUGAAUGAUAGGCUUUUCUACUGCUUAGUUUACUAUCAAAUGAGGUAAUGUGUUGCAUGGUGUGUUUGCAGAAAUCUAGAUAUAAAUUAGCUUUGAUGCUAUUGAAUUUGGGAUAUGGUGUUAAGGGUUCAAUAACAUCACACAGAUUUUGUUUCUUUGCCUACCUCUAGAAAGCCCUCUGCUGGCUCAUUUGCAAAUGGAUGCUUUAUAUCUGCUGCUCAGACUGAUUUUAUGAAAGGAAAUGUAAUGAUGACAGAAACUGCAGCCUAUCCUUAAGCAGUUUUGGAGGUUUUGUUUUGUUUCAUUUUUUUUUAAAUCCAAGUGAUCCUUUCUCUACUUUUUUCUGUGGUGGAUUUGGAACUUAAUGAUCCUACAGCAGUUCAUCUCACAUUUUUCACUGAAAGUUUGGAUACUAUAGAACAGGCUUCCUCAAACUCAGCCCUCCAGAUGUUUUGAGAGUACAAUUCCCAUCAUCCCUGACCACUGGUCCUGCUAGCUAGGGAUCAUGGGAAUUGGAGGGCCGAGUUUGAGGAAGCCUGAUAUAGAACAUAGUCACACCAAUUCCAUGCAUAGAAAUCACAAAACAUGAGGUUGGAGUGAGUGACGGAAUGAACGAAUGAAUAAAAAUCUUGUGUCUCUUUCAAGUUAAAGGCAUGUCAUCUGGAUCAGUUAUCUUGAAUACUGGGAACGUCACAUUUCCCCACCAAGCUAUUGCUUUUGGGAAAAUUAGAUAUCCUUAAAUAGACAGGUUUCUCUGAGGAUUCAAUACAACAGAUGACCGAACCACUGCUCAUUUUUUGUGUGCUAUAAAUUGAUCAUCUAAGAAGCCUUGUGAGUUUAGGAAACAAAUGAGACUCUAGCCGAAAGCAUCCAGCGCUCAGGAAGAAAGGCAUUAAAUAUCCUGGAUAGCUCCUAUGAGCUCCUUUCACUUGUCUUCCUGACCUCAUUGGGCUGCCAACACAGCUCUCCUUACCCUUUCCUUCAUUUCCUAGUGCUGUCCCUCUUCUUAAUCCACACUCCUCUAAAUCCCCAAAUCUCUUGUGCAAAAAAGUAGAUAUAUGCAAAUUGGCUUAAUUUUCAUAAUCCUGUUUUGAUAGAAUUGGGGGGGGGGGGUUUGGCACUGUUUACACACAUCUGCUACUAUAGCUUGCCCUAAGCAGAGAGCAGGACCAAGAAGUACCCAUCAUAGGAAAUGGGCUUCCAGCAAAACAAAUGCAGAUGAUAAAAGCAUCCAACACACACGGCUGAAUGUGACCUAUUAUGGGGGAAAGCCUCUAACAUGGCCAUUACUUAAUAAUUUCUCAGGGUGGUUUCCCACUUGCCCCCCAAGUCCAGCUGUUGCAUAAUGUCAUUGGAGUUUAGUCAUUGGAGUUUUAUUAAACUGUUUGUGGUGUGUGUGUUUGUUUGUUUGUUUGCUUGCUUGCUUGCUUGCUGUUUUAUGACCUUUAGUUACUAAUAUGUCUUUAAAUUAUUAGUUACAAAUAUAAAUAACUAUUAGGAGGGAAAACGAAAAUAAAACUGCCAGUAUUUUAUUUUCAUUUAUUUUAAAACAUUUGCAUUGUGAAAACGAGAGAAAUGCAGUGCCCACAGAAUCCAAGAGAAUCUAGUACAAGUAGUCAGUUGGUGUAAACCACCCAGGAACACUUGGGUAAACAAAAAGGUUUACAGCAUGUGCCAAAAACACAAAAUAGUUUCUGCAUACCUUAAGUUCUGGAGGCUGUUUAACAUAAUAGGUGCUAGUAAAGGACCUACUCUGAUUAGCUGCUAAGUGGACAUGUGACACCACGGGGAGGGGGCAGGGCUUACUUAAUGACCUUAGUGACUGAGGAAAUCCCUAUUGUAGAGUUGGGAAUGGUGAAGAAAAUGUCAACCAAAAGUAUUUGGCACCUCUUAAACUGAUAACUUCAACUGAGACUAGCAGCACAAUCCUAUGCAUCUUUACUCAGAAGUAAAUAUCACCAUGUCCUAUAGGGCUUAUUUGCACCAAGUAUGUAUAGGAUUGCAGCCUGCUGAGGAGGGCGUGAUAGAGGCUGAUAUCAUAAAACACCUGGCUUUUUAGACAAUAUGUUCAAUGAGUGCAGUAAUCAUGGUGCCCUCUGGCUGCUUCAAGCAUCUUGAAAAUGACAACACAUUUUAGACAGCCCUUGGCCACUUUGUAAAAAUAUGCCCUCCCAUCAGAUGUUGUAGCCAUGAUUGAACUAUGCCAUGGAUUCUUAUUUUUUAAAGAAAUGGAAUCCAAUCUGCAUUUCCAUGUUCUGAUUUGAACACUGGCACAGGAUUUGUGAAGCAAGGAGGUUUGCUUCAAACUGUGGAAUGAACCAAAUUUAUUCCAUAUCCCUAGUUCUUUAGAGGAAAAACUUAACUGCUAAGCAAAAUUUGUCUAGCUGAUAUGAGACUAUAUAUUAAGUUAUCCAGAAGUAGUAGAGAAAUUAUGUGGUUUAUGUAUUUGCCUGCUAAUAACUAUUGCUUUGAAAUGUCUAAGGAUAUAUAAUAGAAAAUGAAAAAGCCGACAUGCUAAAUGGUGGGAAUAUUUAAACAUGUCUGGCUAGCCAUACCUUCAGUUGUGCAUCUCAUAAUGUCUUGCUGCAACAUACAUAGCUUCCCUAAACAUUGAAAUGUGUGUGUGUGUGUGUGUGUGUGUGUGUGUGUGUGUGUGUGUUGCUUUUACAAUGGUACCUUGGGUUAAGAACUUAAUUCAUUCUGGAGGUCUGUUCUUAACCUGAAAGUGUUCUUAACCUGGGGUGCACUUUAGCUAAUGGGGCCUCCUGCUGCUGCCAUGCCACCACCACGCAAUUUCUGUUCUCAUCCUGAAGCAAAGUUCUUAAUCCGAGGUACUAUUUCUGGGUUAGCGGAGUCUGUAAACUGAAGCAUCUGUAACCGGAGGUACCCCUGUAUUGAAAUAAACAGAAUUAAGUAGCCCAAUAGGUAUAAAUUGGAUGAUUAUAUUCAUCUUGCAUUCCCCUUUUUUUUUCCUGUUUGCAUUUCCUAAUACUUAUCAGCAGUAGCUCUCAUUGUAAGCAUGGAUUUCAACUAUGUGGGGGGGGGGGGGAAUCAGUCCUGACAAGUUCUCUAGAAAGCUAUUGUAUUUUUCCAGAACUGGGUGUGCUGUAUCCUUACCUAGAAAACAUGGCUCUUCCUUACCAGCUAGUAUAUAUCCUAAUUCCACUUCGUACUUGUGCAGGUGCCUUGAUGGUCACCUAUUGGCUGUUGUCUGUGAUGUCUCCUCCCUUUCCUGUCUCUUUCCACAUGUGAAGUCACAGCAGAAUUAACACUUCAGCUACACUUGAAGAAGUGUGCACGCACCCGAAAGCUCAUACCAAUAACAAACUUAGUUGGUCUCUAAGGUGCUACUGGAAGGAAUUUUUUUAUUUUGUUUUGACUAUGGCAGACCAGCAUGGCUACCUACCUGCAACUUCAUUAAUGAUUAUAUAUAUGUUCUCAUCCCCAUGUACAAUGCCCUCAGUGACAAUGGCUAUUAUUACUGUUCUGGUAAAGUAAGGCAAAAAGAAAAAAAUUCAAGCCAAAAUAGUGCAGUAAUCUUUAUCUAUGUAAAGACCUAUAAGGCAGGUUCAUAUAAUACUCUCUUAACAAAGAAAGGCAAGCACUCUGCUCUAUUUCCUUUAUGUUUCCCCAGUGGCCACACACCCCUCUUCCUCUUUGACCCGCUACUUGCUAGCUGCUCUUAGCAGAAACCGCUGUCUUUAUUGGCUGAAAGUGUCUCCCUGCCCCUGCUGUGCGGCUGUGAUUUUUCCUAAGCCGUUUCAAAGAGGAGACCAAGCCCAUUUGUCUAAUUAGGGAAAAUUAGUCUGCCAGAGAGAACAAGACAGCCAGCCAGCUAAGAGUACAGUACUGAGCAAAGCCUCCCAUCAAGACCAUUUUGAAGAUAACACCAUGUUGUACUUUGAUUUAGGCCCAGAUUGCAUAUUACUUUUUCUCACACAAAGUGAAAUUUAAGCACAUUGUGGCUGUCCUUCUAUGGCAAAUACAUUUGAUUGAAAAGCACUCUCUAGUGGCAAGAAGCUGGAAUCAUCAGCCCCAUUAUGAUAAAUUUGAGGAUGCAUUUAAAUGAGGGAACAGUUGUGCAAAACCAAUACAUCAAAAUUUCACUGCAUGGCAAACUUCUUUAAAGUGCUAACAUGUGAAGAGUCAGAAGGGGAUCUUGCUCUGAGUCUUCUAAGAAAUUGGCUGCCCCAGACUAGUUGUAUAUCUACAGAACAAGCCUUGAAAAUCAGCCAUGAUGUGACAGGGGAAGUGAUGGGGAAGAUUACGUCUCUAACUGUUGGAAGGAAAUUUUUUUUUGUGAUUUUCAGUUAAUUGUAUGAAAUCCAGGUUUAGACUUGUAGCUGAUCUCCAAUCGUGGUAAGAUUGAUUGAUUGAGGUUUGGUGACACCUAAAGCUAGUAAAUUAAAAUUCUGCAGCUGUUAUCUCAACUGUUGGGCAUGAAUGAGAGUGCAAGUCUAUUUGUUGAUAACUGUUUAGUGUAUAAUAUUUAGUGUAUAACAUCGCCAACUCAGUAAGAUGUAGCAGCAAAUGCAUUCUAUGAAACUCCCAUUGGGUAGAGCAAAGGCACACCAGACGUACAGUCCAGCCUUCACUAUCAAAUUGUUAAGACUGCAGAGAGGUAACAACUUCAGUCUUCUUGUUUUGUGUAUAACAGGGUGACACCUGGUGGGAGAGAGGGAGAAUGAAAGGCUUAAUUGGACUUGCUUCUUUCCCAGUUAAGUGUUGCUGUUGCAAACACGUGUAUUUCAUGCUGUCAUCCUAGAACAGCGUCACUUGGCCAAGUAAAAGGCUAAUCUAGUCAGUCGUGUGUGCCCAAUCGAAUGCAUCUGAGAGACUCACAAGGAUGCCAUAAGGCAGGGGUGAAUGAAGAACCUGUGGCUCUCCAAUUGUUCUGCAGCCCUUAUCAACCUCAGACAGCAUAGCUAACAGUGAGGGAUUCUGGGAGCUGUAAUCCAACAACAUCUGGAAGACAAUUUCCUGAUUCCUUGCAUAAGGCAACAACCCUCCAUUGUUGUUGAACUCUUGAGUCUGGUACCUGGUAGCAAAAACUGUUGUGUUAGCUUUUCCCAGUCUGGGGGGCCAGCAGAAAUUGUUAAGACUACAACUCCCCUCCCACUAUACCUCUGAACCACAGGCCAUGCUGGCUAAGAAAGGGGCUGGCUAGGAAUGGAAACUGGAAUGGAAAACAUUUGAAGGACACCAGAUUGGGAAAUGCAGUACUAGGGACAUGAAAGCUCACUUUUGCUGUUAUGGCUUAUAGUUGACUGUGGUUUUGUCUAACCCAUCUUGUGGCGCAAAUGUCCAGAAAAGACAAGGGAAUUGUAGUAUCCAUGGUUAGUUCUGAAUCUGGAUUUUCCUCUUUGAGAGUGCAGAUUGAUGAAGAAUUGAUGGGUCUCAGAUAAAACAUGGCUUUUGCAGCACCUGCUAUUACUAUGAGAGCUGUAUGAACCCAGUUGCUUUCCAGUUGUCCAGACCUCAGUUGAACAGGACAGAUGAACUCUAGGCUAUUUCUGGUUCAGCUGCCUAUAAUGUCAUCAUGAUCACAUUACUUUUAUCUCCGACCCGGAAAUAACUGUGGUCAGAGCCCAUGUAAAUAGACCCGUUCAAACUGACUUCCAUGGGAAUAUCAUGUUUCACCGCCCCUUCAAAGACUGUCUGUUGGAAAUUACAUUUAACCUAAAUUUCCAGAUCUUAGGCAGUAUCUUUCAAUCUCUCCCCAGUCUCUGACUGCCUUGCAGAUUUAGGGCCAAAUAUGUACACUUUUUAAGUAAUUGCAUAAAUCUAAAACUCCAUUUACAAUGGCUUCAUAUGAAUAGAGGUGGGGAUGGAAUUUGGGGAAGUAGUGUUUUACAGUGUGGUUCUAAUCCUUCCUAGAGGGUAGAUUUGAUUAUCAGAUUUUUUAAAAAAAAAAUCUUUACCGAUUAAUAUAUUUAAGUUACAUAUAAAAAUGUUACACUAAAACAAAGUUACUAACACACACACACACACACACACACACACACACACACCCCAAUUCAUUUUCCUUCUGACACACCCUCCCUCCCUCCCUCUCUCUCUCCAGGUUCACACCCAGGGUCCAAACAAACACCCAGCUCACCCACAAAAGUCACACAACAAGAAUUAUUCCUGGAAACAGCAGGCAUCACCCUAGUGUCUCACUCUAGACUUGCUUUUAUGGGCAGGCCCAAGGUGGCUGGUACUUCCUCAGGCUGCCCAUGGCUGUGUCCCAUUCAGCUGCACUCUCCACACCCAGUGCCAGGUGCAGCAGGUUUACUAGUUUUCCAAGGGGCCCAAAGGAUGGGGAAAGACCCCCCCCCCUCCACUCACAGCUCUUUCUUUAUUCUCUGUCCUGGCCUCCUCCUCUUUCAGCUUCUAGGUAUUAGAAGGUUGUGCUGGUGGAAUUAUGCUUUUGACAACCAGGACUUUAGCUUGUGUGUCCUGCAAGGUUCUCUCUCUCUCUCCUCUGCCCCUCCAAACCAUUUAAAAUAUGCACAAAGCCACUGGACUUGUUCAUCUGGCAAUUUGGGAUAUGGUGCCAUCGGUAUGCUGACACCAAUACUCUCCAUCAUGUCUGCGAAGGUCAUGAUUGGGUAUUUGAAGUCAGUGAAGGAUUGGAUGUGGGCUAAGAAACUGAAACUUAACCUAGACGAGAAAUACAUGGUGUAGCGACAUAGGUUCAACCCGAUUUGACAACAUUGCGCUACCCUUAAAAGAACCAGUUGUUCAGUUUCGGAGUGCUUCUAGUUCCCAUUUUGCUCCUGGUUUUUCAGGCGCUUACUUUGACCCGGGGUGCUUUCGUACGGCUUUGGCUGGUGUACUACCUACACCUGUUCCUGGAUAAGGCAGACCAGGCCACAGUUGUGCAUGAUUUGAUUACAUCCAGUUUAGACUAUUGUAGGGCUCUCUGUGUAAGGUUGCCUUUAAAAAGUAUUUGGAAACUACAGCUGGUACAAAAAGGUGCAGCCAGUUGUGUGACCAGAGUCCUUUCUUUAGAGCAUAAGACUCCAUUGUUGUGCCAGAUUCACUAACUUCUAGUCUGUUUUCAGCUAAAUUCAAAAUAUUGGCAAUUACCUUUAAACCCUAAACUGCUUGGAUCCAGGUUACCUGAAAGGCUGCCUCCUCCAAUGUGGCCUUGCUUUCUCAGCUCAUCAGUGGAAACUUGCCAUUACAUCCUGCUGCCAUCAGAGUUGCAGCUGAUUAGGACACCCAAGAGGAUGUCGAACUCCCUGCCCCAAGAUAUCCACUGCCUACCCUCUUGGUAAUGGUGUUCAGGCACCAUUUAUAAUCACCUUAACUUAAUCAGGCUGAUUUUGUGUUAUUUCCCUUAUUAGAUUGCUCUUUAUAUGGUACAAUGACUAUAGUUUAGCUGGUUUAACAUUUUUCAUAUGAUAGUUUUUAGAUGUGAGCUGCCCUGGGUACUCUAGAAAUAUAGUGGAAAGUGAUAUUUGAAGGAGAGUCAUGCAUAAGGUAAAACCUUAAAGUGAAACUUUCCCCUUUUUCAAAGUCUAAUUAAUUUUUGAACCGGUUUAUUUGCAGUCAUUUGUUGAAAUUGAUUGAAGCCCAUGUUUCUCACGGGCGAUGGGGUUGCACUGCUUGAGAAAUUGCUUCUCUCUAAAAUCUGCCAUGAGAAGUUAAAGCAUUGCAAGUGUCACUAUUGCCUCUCCCCCAAUUACUGAUCAUUAUUGGUAAAAGAAUCCUGAUGCACAAAUCACUGAUCAUAAUGUCAACUGGAUUGUAUGAAAUCAGAUGGGGCGAGGAAGGUAAAUGCCAUUUCCUGCUGAUGAUAACCUAGGAUUGCCAACAAUGGAUGAAUCCUUUGCCUUUUAAAUUAACUAAGUAAACUGCAUAUGAAUAUAUAUUUAUCUAAUUAAAAUAAUAAUUCUGGUACACUAUUAUAAAGAAAAUAUUAGAAGAUUAGCACCUGUAUUGAGGUUAUAUUAAUAUACAGUUUAAUUAAUUAAUUAAUAAUCAAAUUUAAUUGGUUGGCUGCCCUAGAUUACAAUCAGCAGGAAAUGGCAUCUGCCUGCCUUAGAUUUAUAGUCUUCCCCGAUCCUGAAGCCUUGAUUUGAUAUGACCAGUGUGUCCUUAAAUUGCACCCCAGACUGAUUAAUAUCAAAUAGCCAGAAGUUUAGUUGGUUCAUCUACUGAUUUAUAAAACUUGCAGCCCUGACAGAAUGACACAAGGGAGUUAGUGAUUCCUUGACAUUGCACCCUAUUAAAUUAGUGAGCUUGGGUUUAGAUCAUCAGGGUUUAAGAACUGUGGGAUGGAACUGAUCACUGAACUCAGAGCGGUGCAAUAAAAAUGAUUAUGACUUAGGAAUGCAUGACAAAUGAGGAAAUGUUGGAAGGCAAUGGUCAGAUGUUGCUUAGAUUGGGGGGGACGGAGAUUAUGGAAUGUAGUUUUUCUCAGAUAUUUUAAAGCGUGGGCACUGAUCACUGGACCAGUUAAGGAAAUGCCAGUGGGAAGUUUGUUUAGGAUGCAACCAAGUACACUAUAGAGCUUAACUAUAAAGUGUUGUAGAAAGGAACAAAAUGCCUGGGGGAAUGGAAGGGCACCCUCUAAGAAGCUCUGGAGUAAAAGGGCUGUCAUUUCUCUGUGGUUUUAAUCAUGAGGUUGCUGUCAUAGCAGAACUUGAGUUUGAUUCACUUUCCUGUUCCUUUUAAACUCCGACUCACCCAUAAACGUUAGCCUGAAAACACAUUUAUUCAUGAGCAAAUCCAACUGAAAUAACGAAAAAACGUACUCCUAUGUAAAUGUCUCUCCACUCGCUCCCACACCCCUUUUAAAAAUGCAGUGCAAAAAAGGCAAGACCUUGUUGGGUACUUUUUGUGGGGGGAGAGAAUUAAAUUUCAGCCUCUGAUCUCUGCAUGUCGCAGGUCUCAAAUUAUGCACCCUUUCUGGCUGCCAAAAUUUCAGUGUUAUCUUUUAACAGUGGACCGUUUUCUUCCCCCUUUCUGCCCAACUUUUAUUUCUGAGGAACGGCUUCCUUCAUUUCUCUGCAGUCUCUGCACUACACCAUAACCCAGCAUACUGGGAUCUCGUUGUGGCUCGGGCUCAAGGCUUCACAUAUGCUAAAAUGUGACUCGCAGCGCUUUGCUUUGAAGCCUAACCACAGCCAGGGAGCUGUAAUUGCCGUCUUUGAUUGCGCCGACUUCACUUGCGGCUUGGACUUUGCUUGGGCAUGCCUGGUUUGGCGAGACUUCAGCUGCAGCCCUCCAGUGAAGCCUUAGAUGUGGGAAGUCUUCAGUCUCUGUAGCACAUACCUGUGGUUUCUUGAAAAGAAUCCUGGCUUGACCUGUUUUAUAUCUGUAAGGCAACACCAUAGCUGUUCCUUUAAGGCUCCAAUCAACUUAUUGGCAGGGAAUGGAAGCCGCUUCCCCUUUGUAGCUCAUGCUUGCAGGAGUUUGGAUCUUUAUUAAUAUUUAUUGCUAUAGGUAUUUAGAGCAGGCGAAGGACUUUUAGUUCAUAGACUUUAGCAGAGCUACUGAAUUGAUUCACUGUAUGAUUUCUUGGCAAAUGUGUAAGCACGGACACACACGAACCAAAAUCAGAGGCAGAAAAUCUUGAACUCUGGGUAGCCUCCAGGGAAAUUUUAACUAUUGUAUUUGCAGACCCCCCCUCCACUUUGGGGGAGGGGGUGGUCCGGUGUAGGAAAGGGAAGGAAAAUAAUGACAAUUAAAAAGGUCCGCUAUCGCGAAGGAGGCGGCCAGAGCAAGGCCACGCACAUUAUUUUAACCUCCUCACUUCAAAGGAAGGCUGCUGGUAAGAGGAGGAAAAGCGGGAACCAUCUCAACAGAAGAGCAUUUCAUUUCCUUCAGCAAGGAGUGCAUUCCUGGCUGGUAAUGGGGAAUAACUCUGAAUUGCAGUGUUUGUAUCGGGCUCUGUGAACUGCUGGCCUGGCGCCUCAAGGCCGCUCCUCGACAGGAAACACAAUGUUUUAAUGUAAGACUGAGAGGAAAACCUUCCCAGGAAGAGCAACCUGGACCAAACCUUUGAAAAUCUGGGAUGAAAAGGCCCAAAGUAAAUAUAAAUCAGCAGGGUGGCGCUCUCUUGCUCUCUCCCUCUCUUGCCAGUGUUCCUCUGGUGUUUGCUUUGCCUCUCUCCUUUGUGCUCCCUGGAAAAACCAAAGCCCUCGUCACAUGGCUCUUUUGAUCCCCAUGUUUUCUGGAGAAGUUUUCUGAGACAGGAAGCUGAGGCAGUUUUUUGGUUUUGGUUUUUAAUUUGGGGAGUAAGAGUUUUAUGAGGAAAUGGGAAGUAGGUUAGUCAGGUACAGACCACCUCCACUGAAAGCAGCACUUUCCCAGAAAGCACUUGACUAUGCUGUUUAAAAACAUCAGGAAGAUUUAACUGCAACAAACAGUAGCGUAAAAUCAGGGUCCUAGAGGGUGCACAUCAUAUGAGCAAUUACAGAAAAAAGAAACUAUACACUGUAAUCUUAAACACUGUGCAACAGUCUUUGUGUUUCUGUAGCAGUUUUAUUCAUGAAGCAUUUUGGGUUCAUUCCUCUCCUCGCUCAUACAUACAUGUGAUUACACUUGAUUGUAAGGCAGGUGCCAUAUAUGUUGAUGGGCAAAAUAAAAAAUAUAUGAUUAGCGCUGUGGAAAGACAGUCAGUGCAAUCUUCUGUGCACUUAAAUAACCUGGAGAACAAAUACAGGUGUUCGGUGAAUCUAUGUACUGCUUGUUGAGUGUCCAUGCUUAAGUUCUGAUAAAGGUGUGCUAGAAUUGUGAUGUUUCAUGUUAAAUUUAAUCAGCCAAGCACACAGAUUUGAAAACACUAGAUUUUUUUUUCUAUUUGAAAAAUGGAGUCAGCCUCUCAAAAUGCAACCGUAGCAUUAGUCAACAGCUGGAUAAACCAUGUAGCAACAUCACCAUGCCUCAUGCCUAAGUAGUAAGGCAGGCAUCCCCAAACUCAGCCCUUCAGGUGUUUUGGGACCACAACUCCAUCAUCCCUAGCUAACAGGACCAGUGGUCAGGGAUGAUGGGAACUGUAGUCCCAAAACAUCUGGAGGGCCGAGUUUGGGGAUUCCUGUAAUAAGGGAAUAUCCUGUAUCAACCCAUUAUUGGAGGUCAAUAUGAAAAAUUGCCAGCCAUCCAUAAACCUGGCUUGAUACAUUUGCCUUAAGCGCUCCAGGUUUUCCCUAGGGCUGUAUUGUUUUUUAAAGCAACAACAAUAGCCUGAGGCUCCGUAAGCGAGAAGCACUGUACAAAGAGCAACAGCGCAGAGUGUAGGCUUUUUACUAUGACGCUAAGGAAUCCUCUCUUCCCCGUACCAGUUAGGACAUUAUUGUGUUUCUGUCGUUACACAAAGUCUGCGGGACCUGUUGUUUCAAGCUAUCUUUUGACUGCAGUCCUUCUGUGGUUAGUCUUAAUCGUUGGCUAUUGUUAGCAAUGACCUUGUUUUGUAACCACUGUGAACAAUGGAAAAAACAGGAUAAUUUCAGUUAGUGUGCUUAUAAAACCCUAGUCCGACCUUCAAACUAUAUUCGCAGAGUAUGUGGAGGAAAAGCAGAAUCACACCUGUUGGCCCCCAUCCCUGGUCAUUUGUGAAAGGAACUAUCCAUGUGUGUGUUACCUGUACAAUUGUGUAUUUUAUAUGCACACACAAGUACCAAUCACUGUGUGAUCCCAGCCACACACAUAUAUAAGCAACAUGGGCACACAGCUGUGUUCUAUUCUUAUGCUGGAUAUGUGGACAUAGCUGUCAACUUUUCCCUUUUCUUGUGAGGAAUCCUAUUCGGAAUAAGGGAAACGUUGACAGCUAUGCAUGUGGAAGUCAGGUACAGACCCUGAGGUUCCAUGCUCCUACUCUAAAUGCUAAAAAGUAGUAUAAUCAAACAAAUAAAGUGUCUUGAUACUUAAAUAUAUACCCUAAAACUUUUCACCUUUCUGUUCCCUGCAGGUGGAAAGAGAAACGCUUUCUCAACGUGCAAAGCAAAGGCAGCGACAUCAGGGCCCCUUCUCGAAAUGGAAGCUUGUUAAAAUCUCCAGGCAUGUCCUUCAUCUGCACAGACCACCAUCAAGGAGUAUGUCUAGGAUGCCGACAACACUUGCCCCGAUGUCGCUGCUUAAAAAGACACUGAACCAUAAAGACAAUCACUGCCAGGCCCCUUUGCUAUCAUGGAGUCCCAAAUCUUAA